GGCCGCGCUCCGCCGCUCCCGGGGCCCGUCUAUGCCGGGGCCGGGGCUGUGGCUGGGGCCGGGGCUGUGGCGCGGCGGGCAGGCGGUGCCCCCUCCCCGGGCGGAGCGGCGCUGCCCCGGCGCCGGGCGAUGGAGCACACCUACGGGGAGGUGAACCAGCUGGGAGGUGUCUUCGUCAACGGGCGGCCGCUGCCGAACGCGGUGCGGCUGCGGAUCGUGGAGCUGGCGCAGCUCGGCAUCCGGCCCUGCGACAUCAGCCGCCAGCUCCGCGUCUCGCACGGCUGCGUCAGCAAGAUCCUGGCCCGCUACAACGAGACGGGCUCCAUCCUGCCCGGGGCCAUCGGCGGCAGCAAACCGCGGGUCACCACCCCGGCCGUGGUCAAGCACAUCCGCGACUACAAGCAAGGCGACCCCGGCAUCUUCGCCUGGGAGAUCCGCGACCGGCUGCUGGCGGACGGCGUCUGCGACAAGUACAACGUGCCCUCGGUCAGCUCCAUCAGCAGGAUCCUGCGCAACAAAAUCGGCAGCCUCUCGCAGCCCGGCCCCUUCGAGGGUAGCAAACAGCCGCCCCCCCAGCCCGCCCUGCCCUACAGCCCCAUCUACCAGUACCCAUACCCCGGCCCCAUGGCCUCGACGGCCGCCAAGGUGGGGCCUCACCCCGGCGCUCCCCACGUCGGGCUGCCCCGCUCCUGGCCCUCGGCGCACUCCGUCACCAACAUCCUGGGCAUCCGCACCUUCGUGGAGCAGACGGGGGCUCUGGCUGGCACAGAGGGGUCUGCCUACCCCCCAAAAAUGGAAGACUGGCCCAGCGUGAACAGGACGGCGUUUCCCCCGGGCCAGGCAGUCAACGGCAUCGACAAGGCUGCCAUGGAGGGAGAUAUCAAAUACCCGCAGCCGGCCCCGGGGCUGUCGUCGGUGGGCAGCUUCCUCCCAGCCUGCGCCUACCCCUCGUCCAACCAACACGGCGUCUACGGCGGCCCGCCCGGCGGCUACAUCCCCCCGGGGCACCCCUGGCAGCCACAGGGCAGCCCCUUGGCCCACCACGGCCCCGGCGUGGCGACCCAUUGCGGCGACCUGGCCACGGCGAUGGCGUUCAAGCAGCACGGGAGGGAAGUGGUGGACAGAAAACCUGCCAGUCCCGUGGGGAAAUCUUCAGACUCUCUAAAUACCAUCCACGGACUCUCUAUCCCAGCCUCCUCUUCCUAGAGCCACCGAGCAGCAGGCUGGAGACAGUGACUCUUGGAAUAAGCACCUGCAAACCGUAACGGGAGCCUGGAGUGCCACCGAGCUGUGCCCAAA